AUGGCUGAAGACAAAGAGAAGAGCGCCGCUGCAGUUGAUUAUCGAAAACUAGGCAAAGAUGUCUUCGAGUUCUUCACUCACCGCACAGCGUACAACAGCGCCGCGUAUCUGAUCCCCACGCUCGAGCGCAUGAAGCAGGAGAAUCCACGCCUGAGACUGCUCGACGUCGGCGCUGGUGCAGGAUCCGUAUCCGCCACCUUUGCGCAGAUCAUCGGUCCUGAAGGGCACGUUGUGUGCACGGAUCUGGCACCGAGUGUGCUUCCCCAGGCCGAGGCUUUUGCCGAAUCGCUUGGGGUGAAAAACAUCGAGUUCAAGACGGCAGAUGUGCACCAGCUGCCGUUUGAGAACGACUCGUUUGACGUUGUUCAUUGCCAUCAGCUGUUUGGCCAUAUCAAGGACCCAGUCGCGGCUCUCCGCGAGAUGUUGCGAGUAACCAAGCCGGGAGGUGUCGUGGCUGCUCGUGAGGGGGAUAGGGAGACCGAGAUCAUCUGGCCGCCGCUCCCGGGGUUGAAGAAAUGGCACGAGUAUGUCUUUGAUUCCAAAGUCGCUCAGGUUCAUGGCGGAACCCUCACUGCCGGUAGACAGCUUCUUGCCUGGGCCCUGGAAGCUGGAGUGAAGCGCAACCAGAUUGAGGUCAGCUACGGAACAUGGCUGACCUCGGAAGAGGCAACAAAGAUGGUCUACGCCCGGGGUAUUUCCAAGGUUCUGAAUGGUCCCUCUCGCAAAAAUGCGCUUCAGUUUGGUCUAACGGAGGAAGAUAUUGACGAAAUCUGUAGAGACACGCUGGCGUGGGCUGACAGAGAGGACUCGACGUGGCUCAUGCUGCAGACAGAGAUCAUCGUUCGGAAGUAACCACAACGCGAAUGGGUCGCCCCGAUCUAGUUACACAUUUUAUAGCUCUAUAAACUGUUGAAGCGUUUUGAUCUUUCCCCUG